AUGGCUUUGAGCUCCAACCGCGUCACACCCUUAGUCUCAUGGGAAAGUCAAGCAGCCAUGUCCACCUCGCGCCCCGCAACCCCAGAGCCAACAACAGCCACGCCGCGAACACUGUCGCGAUCGCGCUCCCUCCUGAAAAAGCGCUCAAGCCAAAAAGUCCUCUCGCUCCUGAAAAAAGCGUCCUUCACCAAAAAGCACAACCCCAAUCCCGUGACAGAAGAAGACCCUGUAGCCGCAACCCUCGCCUCCCUCCGCGAAAUGCAAUCGCGCGGCGAGCACUGGUGGCGCUGGACCACGCAAUACGCCGAACUCCAGCUCCCGCUCGCGGAAGACGUGGCGCUCGAGGACCUCGUCAGGGCGAUCAACCAUUCCAACGGUAUUAGGGAUAGUUCGAAUGUGUUGGUUUUUUGGGAUCCGGAAGGCGGGAAGGAGGAGCAGGAGGAGGCGAGGGAGUUCUUUCGGUGCGAUAUCCAUGCCGUCGAUGGCCAGGAUUAUGCUGCUGCGAUGUGGAAGCUGCGUCGCGUGGUUCGUGAGGCGGGAGGGAUGGUAUGCGCUGAGAUCGAGUAUGUUGGUGGGUUUCUGUACAGCAUGCCCGCCUCCCUUCCCAACCCCCUAGACACCACCCUCCGCACUCUCCAAGGAGGCCACAUAGUCGUCACCCGCUGGACAACGCCCUUCGAGCCACCCCGUCUACAUCCCCUCCGCAUGCACCCGCCCGGCGCAUUCGGCCAACCACCCCAGCCCUGCCUCCAGUCCAUUUCACGCAAACCCGCCGACCCGAAGAUCAAAAUCCAAAAGUGGAUCCUGCGGCAGCGUGAGAAGGCGGAGCGUGAGGAGAGGAAGCACGGUCGUUCAGUCCUGCCUCGUGCGGUCAGUGAGAUUGUGCUUGGGUCGCGGAUUCUGGAUCCUGGUGUCGAGCUCGCGAUUCUAAGGCCCGAAAUGGUUGGGGCGCGACUGUCGGGUGCUAGCUACUCGCUGCGGCGCCCGGAUUUGCGCGCUUCGUGCGCGGAGAAGGAAGUGUACAUUGAGAGCGAAGACGACGACGACGGUUGGGAAGUGGAGAGUGAUGGCGUUAGUGUGGAGCCUGGGCCUUACAAUGGAGUUCCAGGCACUGCUGUGGGCAUCAGCGUGGCGAGGUACAAUCAGGCACUGAACUUUGGAGCGGAGAUGAGGCGCGUGGAAACCUUGUACCGCAACUGGAUGAGUCGCAACCGUGGCUCGUGA